AUGGUAAAUGGAUGUGCACUUGAUCCUAGUACAUGGCUUGCCUUCCCAUUUGACCCCAGUAGUGUGUUGAAUUGUAACCUUUGUGCUGGAAUGUUUGGUCGAAAUGGCAAGCAUAUGGGCUUCGGCAAUGUUGAUUCCUUUCCUUAUGCAGGAAAACUCUUCUUGGGGUUUUGCCAUUCACUUGAAGAGCCUACAUUGUGUGUGGGGAAGGAUAUCUUCCUAGACCCCUUGUCUAUUUCUUACCCUAAGCAUGAUCUUGUUGAAUGUGCAUCUCAUGAGGGUAGGAGAUAUUUGCCUAGAGAAGUUGCCUUACAUAUUCAGUACACUUUUCGUACUAAUCUCCCUUGUGGUGGAGCUGUGUUUCAUGUUGCAGGAACAGGUCCAGUUGAGGGUAUUAGUAGUGUAGAUAGAGCAGCUGGCACGCGGAUACGUGAUUUCCUUAAUUUGGACCCUCCAUCAUUCACCGGGACAGAUCCUAAUGAAGAUCCACAAGACUUUAUAGAUCAGAUCCAACGCACUUUCGAUGUUAUGCAUGUAAGUGGUAAAGAAGCGCUCGAGCUAGCAGUAUAUAGAUUAAAGGGUGUGGCUAUAUUGUGGUAUGAAGCUUGGAAGCAAUCCAGGGGAACAGAUGCACCUUCAGCUAUAUGGAAAGAGUUCAAAAAGGCAUUCCUUGACCAUUACCUGCCAUUGGAGAUCCGAGAGGCCCGUGCGGAUCAGUUCUUAAAUCUCCACCAAGGAAGUAUGAGCGUGAGAGAGUACAGUCUCAAAUUUAAUUCCUUGGACAGGUAUGCUUCUAAUCUAGUUGCUACUAUGGGGGAUAAAGUUCAUCCAUAUAUGGAUAGAUUAGAUUCAUAUCUGGUUAGAGACUGUACCAUUUCUUCAUUGAAUAAAGAUAUGGAUAUAGCAAGGAUGCAAGCUUUCGCGCAAAAUCUGGAGGAUCAAAGGCAAAGAAGAAGGACACAAGAGUCAGAAAUAGGGUAUUCUAAGAGGGCUAGAUCUAUAGGGCAAUUUACACCAUCACAAGGGGCAAUCAGUUUGGGCAAAGAGGUGAAGGCCAAGGUUCACGAACAACGGGAUACCAAGAGCAGGGAAUUCAAAAGAACACCAGAAUUAUUAGUGAAGCCAUUUGAGGUGUCUACACCGAUUGGUGACUCUAUUAUAGCUAGAAGGGUUUAUCGUAAUUGCAUUGUAACUGUUUGUGAUCGUGAUACGUUGGCUGCCCUUGUUGAGCUAGAAAUGGUGGAUUUUGAUGUUAUAAUGGGUAUGGAUUGGUUAGCUUCUCGUUAUGCCACGGCAAAGAAGAUGAUGUCCAAAGGAUACAUAUGUUAUCUAGUGAGAGUGAGAAAUAUAGAUGCGGAGCCACCAACUCUUCAAUCCAUUCCAGUGGUAAAUGAAUUUCCCGAUGUAUUUCCUGAAGAUCUUCCGGAUUUGCCUCUAGAACGAGAAAUAGAGUUUGGUAUUGAUGUGAUUCCAGAUACUCAACCUAUAUCCAUCCCUCUAUAUAGAAUGCCCCCGGCAGAAUUACGGGAGUUGAAGGAGCUAUUAAAAGACUUAUUAGAAAAAGGAUUCAUAAGGCCUAGUAUGUCCCCAUGGGGAGCACCAGUUUUAUUUGUACGCAAGAAAGAUGGCUCGUUAAGAAUGUGUAUCGAUUAUCGGCAGUUGAUUAAGUUCUCUAAAUGUGAGUUUUGGUUAAAAUCUGUGGCAUUCCUAGAUCAUGUUGUAUCCGAUGAAGGAAUAAGGGUUGAUAAUCAGAAGAUAGAAGCCGUGAAAAAAUGGCCAAGACCUACAACGCCUACGGAGAUCCGUAGUUUCCUUGGAUUGGCAGGUUAUUACAGAAGGUUCAUUGAAUGA